AUGAGAAACCACAGUGCUGUGCGAGAGUUUGUUCUUCUUGGACUGUCUUCUGACCCCUGGACUCAGCCCGUCCUCUUUGCCCUGUUCCUGCUGGUUUACCUCCUUACUCUGCUGGGGAACUCCUUGAUGCUGCUGGUGAUUACAGCGGACCCCCAGCUCCACACGCCCAUGUACUUCUUCUUGAGACAACUGUCCUUCCUAGACAUCUGCCACUCCUCCGUCACAGCUCCCAAGAUGCUGGAGAAUCUGCUCUCUGAGGAGAAGACCAUCUUGGUUGAAGGCUGUUUGGCUCAGGCCUUCUUCGUGUUCGCCACUGGCGGCACGGAGGCCUGCCUGCUGGCCGCCAUGGCCUAUGACCGCUACGUGGCCAUUGGCUCACCUUUGCUCUACAGCCAGGUGAUGAGUAACCAGUGCUGUGUGGGGCUGGUGUGCAUCUCCUGGGGUGUGGCCAUUGUUGACGCUCUCCUCAAUAUCCUUCUGGCUGUCGGUUUAGAUUUCUGUAAGGACCAAACUAUUCCUCACUUCAGCUGUGAGCUGUCUUCUCUCUUCCCUCUGUCUUGCUCUGACACCUCAACCAACUUCGUACUCCUGCUGUGCUCCUCUGUCGUGCAUUUCUUUGGGACGCUUGUCAUGAUUGUUUGCUCUUACGCCCUCAUUGCCUCCACCAUCUUGAGCAUCAGCUCCUCCACAGGCAGAAGCAAGGCCUUCUCCACCUGCUUGUCCCACCUCACUACUGUGAUCUUGUUCUACGGCUCAGGUUUCAUCAGUUAUCUCUUACCGGCUUCAGGAUCCCCCCUGGACAUGGUCUUCUCCUUGCAGUACAGUCUGGUCACCCCCAUGCUGAACCCCCUCAUCUAUAGCCUGAAGAACAAGGAGGUGAAGGCAGCAGUGGGAAGAAUGAUCAGAAAGCAUUUUUGA